GUCGUGUGUCUCUUUUUUAAAGUUUCUUAGAGCCAAGCUAGACUUGGAAAAGUAUUCAAGUAUCUUUGGUAAGACAGUUCAAUUGGAACUUCGUUCGGUAGUAGACGCAGAUUCAGAUACUUUUGUUUUGUUUAUAAUACAAAAAAAAUCUUGUCUAGUGAAAUGCGAAGAAAGCAAAACUUGACUUUAAAUCGAAAGUAGUGUUUGCAUUGAUGCGUUUGUAACGUGCGAGUCUUCUUAGGUUGUGUAUUGAGUGUCAAAGAAGUCCGGUUCCUUUUGUGACACUGAUGUAAACGGAUUAAUUGCGCAGAGAAAAUCACUUCAAACUUAAUUGUAUCUUAAAGAUACAAACUUCUAUAUGUUUGUAAGCUUGCGUGACUGUGAUGAUUUUUAUAUGUCAACAAUAGUUGAAGAAUUUUUUGGUAGUAACUUAUUCGCAUUUAAAUGUUGUAACUACUACGUCAAAACGGUUUAACACGAAAUGAUGAAGUAAAAAUGUAUGUUUUUGGCGCAUGUUUAUAAACGUGAUUUUCUUAAUUGUCUGAUGGGCUUUUGAGUACUUCCGUGCAAGACCAAAAUAGAAAUAAAAAUUUUUAAUUAUACCAAAAGAAGUGGAAAAUUGUUAAAAAGUGUUAAUAAAGUGAAAUUUAAGUUUUAAUCUUUUUAACAAAAAAAAAAAUUAAUCCAAAAGUUAAGAAGUUUCGUACUAAAUUUAAGUGGAACGCAAAGUUACACAGUUUUAUAUUAUUUUUUGUCAACGAAGACAAUUUUUUUUUUGUGUUCUACAAUUUUCUUUUUGGAUACAAAAUUGUUUAACACGCAACGAAAUGUCGGAUAUUUACUAUUGCAGUAAUAAUAAGAAAAAAUCGGAAAAAAUGCCAUCAGCUGAGAAAGGAACUAAAAAUACGGGAACAAAUACAAAUCACAACAAUAAUAACAACAACAACAAUAAUAAUGUAAUCAGCCGGGACAGCAAUAACAUUUGCGGGAAGCAUUCAAAUGGAAAGACGAAUUGGAACACGAAGGUGUUACAAACAAACACAACAUCACACACGAACGGCCAUGUUCCAUCACAGAAAACAUUUCACAACACACGUUGUACAAGACAUCACAAACCCCACCAACAUCACAGUCAUGGCCGUAAAUCAGAAUCCGUUCUGUCCACAGAUUCAGAUAUCAGAUUUACGAGACGAAAAAUCGGUGAUAGUCAGAAAUGUGGGUGUGUGGUGAUAACAGGGUUUCUAGUCGCUCUUCUUGUAGCUGGAGCGUUUGUUUAUAUUGGAUAUACCUACUUCAGACCAGAACCAUUACCAGAUCGAACGUUUCGGGGGAAAUUUCGAGUAAUAAACGACAAAUGGUCAAUGGAUUUAGCGGAUCAAAUGUCAAUACGAUUUCAACACAAGGCCAGGGACUACAGAGAAAGAAUAAAUCUACUUUUGAGAAGAUCCGAUCUGAGGGAACCUUUUGAAGGAACAGAGAUUUUAGCUCUUGAUGGAACUGAUGAUACCAAUGACAUUCUCGUCCACUUCAACGUUAUCUUCGAUCCUUAUAUCGGACUGGUAUCAACAGCUGAUCUUUUAGCAAUCUUCACCGAAGAAAUCACUGCUCAAGACCGAAGGUAUUUUUCCAAUAUCACCGUUGACCCUGAAAGUUUGACAAUCAAAGAGGUCACUGGACUAAUUGAAGAACCGAUAAUGUCAUCGUCACCUUUGGAAAAAGACGAUGAAAUUCCGAUUUCCAUUACCACAACUCCAAGACCCCCAAGAUACUGUGAACCUCUAAAACUUAACUACUGUCGAUCAAUAGGCUACAAUUCUACAACUUAUCCAAAUCUUUUGGGUCACACUUCGAUCUUGGAAGUUGAGGCUGAUGUAAUAGCUUUUCGAGAAAUGGUUGAUGCUGAAUGUUUUCGCGAAGCAUUUGAUUUUGUUUGUCGACUUUUGCAACCACCUUGCGAAGAGCACGGUCCCUUGGAACCAACUCCAGGAGUCAUAUGCAGGGAAUACUGUCAAAUGUUUAUGAAAGGUUGUGGCAAUCGUCUGUUGCACAGGUUUAAGAGAUUCUUUGAUUGUGAAAUCUUCCCUGAAUCUACUGGAAUGCAGUCUUGUCAUCAAAAACCACGGUGCUCCGAAGAUCUACAAAGUAAUGCUCUAUCACCAAGACUUUGCGAUGGAAUUGGAGACUGUCCGGAUCUUUCAGAUGAACGAUCGUGUUCGUUUUGUCCACCAAAUUCAUUGUAUUGUGGCCGUGGAAGAGCUUGUAUAUCCAAGAAAGCUCGAUGUGAUGGAAAAGCUGAUUGUCCAGACGGAUCGGAUGAAAAAGAUUGUCUUUCUAUUGCACCCUUGGCAUCAGCUUUAAUUAAACCAGAACCUUUGGUACCGUUUCAACCAAGAUUCCAUUCGGAAGGGUUUGCGGUCUUUAUCGAGAAAGGAACUGUUGGAAAACUUUGUGCUGAAGGUCUCGAUGGUGGAGAAAAGGACACAGUUAGGCAAACUGUUGCUGAGUCCUUAUGCAAGUCUCUUGGUUAUGAAUCAGUUCAAGUGUUUGAAAUCCGCAAUGACACAGAGAAUCUUAAAGACUACGUGCGAGUUCUUGAUCCCCAUGCUCCAGAGAUUUCUUUUAUCCGGACAACAUGUCAAAACAAAAGAGUACUCUUUGUGAGUUGCGGUGAAUUGCAGUGUGGAGUUCAGUCAGUUUUGUCUCCCAAACACACUUCUUUACCAAAGAUGUCAUCGCCUGGAGACUGGCCAUGGCUUGUUGCUCUCUAUCGAGAAGAUACUCACGUUUGUGAUGGAACUUUGGUCUCUCGUGAUUGGGUCUUGACAACUGAGUCCUGUUUCCAAGGGCAACCUCGUGCAACUUGGAUGGCAAUAUUCGGUUCUGUCCGACUGAAUGCCAAUUCCCCAUGGACACAACGUCGACGUGUGAUAGGCUUAAUCAAAAGUCCUGUAGAAGGAUCAACAGCAGCUUUGAUCCGCCUUGAGACUCCAGUUGUGUUUUCUGAUUUUGUUCGACCUGUUUGUUUACCUGAUGAAUUGGAUAAGAAACUUCGUCCAGAUUACCAAAGAAGAAUUAUGACUCCGAAAGCUGAAAAGUUAGAAAGUGAUCGUCAUCAAUUGCGUGAUACUUCGGCUAAAUCAUCACAGAUAUCAUCUCGAGAAACACAACAGUUCUUUGUGGCUCCAACGUUAGAAAAACCUGUUCUUAGUACGGAUUCGUCGGAUAUUGAUAGUUCGGAAAUGGGUGGUUCAAGAUUGCCACGAGCAGUUGAACCAAGUCCAUUUGAAUCGUAUCCUUUGCCGGAGAGUGUGCCACAAAUGCAAUAUUACUCACAGAAGGCACGUUCUUUAGGACAACAGAAGUUACCAGUGACGUUUGUGACAACAGCGCGGUCUACAGAACAGACACAGUGGACGAAUUGUAAUACGUUGGGUUGGUCAAGACAGCGGGAUCAUCUGCAGAGGGUUCAGUUGAAAAUUGGUGAUAUGUCAGCAUGUGAAAAUGUGUCAAUUGCGACGGUGAAUAGCAUAUGUACGGAGGCGACAUUCCAAAAACAUGAUUGCACGCAAGAAGAAUUUUCUGGUGCUCCAGUGCAAUGCACCCUCCCCGGAACAAAUCAAUGGGCUUUAGUUGGCAUAUCAUCGUGGAGAAUAGCUUGUGGUCCAACGGGUGUAGAAAGACCCCGAAUGUAUGAUAAAAUAUCUUCAAAUGCAGCUUGGAUAAGAGAAACAAUAAAUUCAGAAUAGUUUUUAUCUCUUGUUUAUAAAA